GUUUUUGUUUCCUUGUUGUCGUCUGUUGGUUAAUCCAAAUAAACUCAAAAUAUUUUGAUUUCGUCGAUUUUAAUCAAGUAUAUAAAUAGAUUGCACGAAGCGCGAUUAUUCGUGGUUUUAAAAUGGGAUCCAAAUCAAAAGCUCUUACAUUUCAUGUCCAAGCAGAGUGCAAAACAUCGCGUGCACGGGCUGGACUUAUGCAAUUACCACACUAUAAUGUUAAGACUCCAGUAUUUAUGCCAGUUGGAACUCAGGGUACUAUGAAAGGGCUUUUACCUGAACAACUUGAAAAUUUAGAUUGUGAAAUAAUAUUAGGUAACACUUACCACUUGGGAAAUCGUCCUGGAACUGAAAUAUUGGAAAAAGCUGGUGGCCUUCAUAAAUUCAUGUCGUGGAAUAGAGCUCUGUUGACUGAUUCAGGAGGAUUUCAAAUGGUGUCACUACUAAAGUUAGCAGAGAUAACCGAAGAAGGAGUUAAGUUCAGAUCACCCUAUGACAAUUCUGAAAUAAUGUUGACUCCUGAAAAAUCCAUUGAAAUCCAAAAUUGUAUAGGUGCAGACAUCAUUAUGCAACUGGAUGAUGUGGUAAGAACUACAUUCCAAGACUAUGAUCGCAUUAAAGAGGCCACUGAAAGAACAAGCCGGUGGUUGGAUCGUUGUUUAAAAGCUCAUAAGAGACCAUCUGAGCAAAGUAUUUUCCCAAUUGUACAAGGUUUACUAAAUAGUGAACUGAGAGAGAAAAGUGCUAGAGACCACAUGUCCAAGGAUGUGAAUGGAUUUGCUAUUGGAGGAUUAAGUGGUGGUGAAGCAAAAUAUCAAUUUUGGCCUAUGGUUAGCCUAAGUACAGGCAUUUUAGACUCCAAAAGACCACGUUAUUUAAUGGGUGUGGGGUUGGCCAUUGACCUUGUAAUUUGUGUUGCACUUGGAGUGGAUAUGUUUGACUGUGUAUACCCUACUCGUACUGCUAGAUUUGGGUGUGCUCUUAUAAGCACAGGACAGCUGAACUUAAGGCAAAAACAGUAUGAAACUGACUUGAAUCCAAUUGACAAGGACUGUUCAUGCUCCACUUGUAAGACUUACACAAGAGCAUACCUACACUCAAUUGUUACAGUGGAAACUGUAGCCUGUCAUCUCAUUUCUGUCCAUAAUCUAGCAUUUCAGAUGCGACUUAUGCAAACUAUGAGGCAAAACAUUGAAAAGGGAACAUUUCCUCAAUUUGUAAAUAACUUUGUGAAUGAAAUGUACAGUGAUACUGAAAUUCCCCCUUGGAUAAUAGAUUCAUUAAGUUCUGUUGGAAUACAAAUUAAUAAGGAAUAAAUGAAAUUGCAAGUUAAA